AUGGAGGGAUUCGCCACCAAAGUUUCGGAAUCGAACGAUUGUGAUGCUGCACAGAUUCGAAAAAGCAGUAGUAGCACUGUGAGCAGGAUGUACGUUGAGGGUUACGACACUUCGCUCUGUGGCUAUGAUUUGUUUGUGGCCAUGAAAGAACAAUUCGGUUCAUGUGGAAAGGUGCUGCACGUUUACAUUCCCGGAUACGCGAGAAACAGUAUUCUCAACAGAUUUGCCUUGAUUUAUCUUCGUGGAGAAGAUGCAGAAGAGAAGGCGUCGAAACUUAACGGAAGUUGCAUGGGAGGACACACGUUAGUCGUGGAGCCUUACCCGUUUCAUGCAGAUCACCUUGACCACAAGUUUGCUCCUACGAGAGACGCAGACAAUGAGCAAUCUCACCUGGUUUCUAUUGAGGGAUAUGACACUGCGCUUCCCUUGGAUUACGUCAAGAGCACGCUGUGUAAUGUACUCAGUAGAUAUACUCCUCUCCCAGUCCGGAGAGUAAUGAUCUGCGAACUAGAAAAAGGUGUUCUGUGCAGAGCCGCUUUGGUUACUGUUUAUGGAAUAAACGUAAUAGAGAGGUUGCUUCACCUUCGUGGAGUAAUUGGAAUGGAGGAUAUUGAACUUGCUGGGGUUUCGCCUCCAGAUCCAGAAAGAGGGUGCACGAUCGAUAUCAGACCCAAGCUUCCUGAAACCUCUCCUCCCAGGACUUGGGUACCUCAUGCGGAUCCAGGUCUCCCUAAGCCGCCAUGUCUGAGUCAUCUUCUCCCUCAUCCCUGGGAAUCUGGUGGGGGUUUUUUUUGGAAUCCAGAGACUGGAGUAAAGUUUGAGAUACCAGCUUCUGCUUCCACAAGCCGCUACGCACCAGAGGAUCUGGAUCCAACUCUCCCUAAGCCAUGGAAAGGUCUUGUGGAUAAUAGCUCUGGGUAUGUCUACUUUUGGAAUACAGAGACUGGUGUUACCCAGUGGAAGAGACCAUCUUCAGAGACUAAUGUCACCUAA